AUGAAUUUGGAUUAUUCCAGACUUGGAGCUCAGGUACACUGUAUCUGUUUAUAGAGUUUAAUAUGCAUACAGCUGUAAGUGAUAAGGUGCAUUUCAGACAAGCAAGCUACAAAUAAAUCUGUUAUAUGCAGAGCUGAGAGUGCUACUGAAACUGCAUCUACUGAAAAGAGCUUGUAUGCAAGCAUGUGUACCUUGACAUGAGGUAUACAUUGUCAGUGGAAACUGUUCAAGAUGAAGUGUACAUGUUCAUGCAAAGAUCUUUGGGUUGAUUUCCUGCAAGGUAAAUUAGAUUAACUUACUAUCUACUUUGUAUUACAUGAGUUUACUUUUUAUUUACAAAACUGUUGUAGGAGGCAGAUUGCAUUCAACAGCUCAACAAGGCUGAUCCUCUCCAUGUUUCCAGAACUGUCCAGUUGUUUGUAAGUCAUGAAUGUACAAUCCUUUUUUAGUACUGAAUCACAUGAAACAAAAUAUUUGCAUGUUGUUAAAUUGGACUGAUUUUAUACAGUCACCGUAAGUAUCACUCCACCUUUUUGAUACCAUAUGAAAAAUCAUGAAAAGAGAAGAAACUGACCCUACUGAAGGACAAAAAUGAUGUAAACUCAACAUUAUUAAACACCACUGGCCUUAACUGACAAGGCAAUUCUACCAAUGACCUUGGAUUGAGAAUGGUGAAUGCUUUGCCUUUCAUCCAUCAACUUGAUAGAGUGGUGCAAACUAGGUUUUUUGCAUGUCAACACUUAGUUGGCAGUAUCAAACAUGCAUGAAAAAUUAUUGUAAUUUACUUGACAGUUACAGCUUUUCUUGUAAAACACCACAGUCUUAAUAUUAUGAUUUCCAAUUGGUUCUUUGUUUUACAAUAAUUAUAACAUAGCACUGAUAUAUUUGGUACAUGAGUACAAGAAUGUAUUCUAUGUAGAGGACCCAGUUCACUGACCUUGCAUUUUUGCCAAUUUGACAUAUUUGCUUGUGGAUUUUUAGAAUGUUUUCAGUUUUGAGGGCCAUUACUGCUUGGUUUUUGAGCUGUUGAGACCUCGGCCACUCCAUCAAUACUUUCAGGUUGGUUAAAUUAUAAACAGUUUGAUUUAGUAUUAUCAACUGAGUUGGUAACGUAAAUUGGCCUCUGUUAAGAGUUUCAAAGCUGAUGUUUCAAGCAUUAGCCCUUUGUCAAAGGGAAUGGUGAAGGGCUAACAUUCGAAAUGUCAGCUUUGAAACUCUUAAUGGUGGCUAAUUUAUGUUAUCAACUCAGUUAAUAAUACCAAAUUACCUUGUCAUACUCUCCCACUAAUACAGUGCCAUUGUUUGCUUUAUAAAUUUACUGGCUUUAUUGAAUUAUAAACAUGCUAUUAAGGAAUCCAAGAGCUUUCCCUUUAAAUCAAUUAUUCUACUUUGUACUGUUGUAUCUCUACUGAUGUAAGUAUUAUAUUUUAAAUCAUCUUCUUCACAGAAAUGUCAGUUUGAUAACGAGGUAAGAGUGUUUAAUGUAUUACCAUCUGUGCAUUGUAUGUUUUCAUUGUUAAAUUGAUUGUCACCUUUGUUAACAACAUGAUUGAUUUAAUAUACAUUUUUGGCAAGAUCAACAUCUAACCAUGUACAUUCUGUAAUAUCAGUCACUCAACAGUGUUUUCUUGAUUUUGUUUACUAUUAGGAUGACGAACUGAAAGUCAUCAGGAAAAUAACUUUUCAAGUGAGCAAACCUUUUUUUAAAUUCUUAUAAAUACUUUUGAUUUAAUUUAUUUCAAAUACAAUUGCAUCAGUUUUCUUUUGUCAGCUAUAAAAACUUACAAAGACCAUUUUAAAGUUAGCUUUAAUGAAGAUGAAACUUGUUGUGCAUCAAAUUUAUUGAAAUCAAAAUAAUAGUUUUUUUUCAUAUAAUAAAUUGAUGUGGUUAUUUGCUUGUAGCUCUUACAAGCUCUUGGAUUCCUAAGGAGGUAAGAUUAUCAAUAGGUGUUCUUCUUAGACUCUCUAGAAUUACUCAUCUGUACCCACAAGUGGCUUCAUUUUAUUUCAUUGUUAAGGGAAUCUUCUCGUGCCCAUCUUUUGGUGAUGCCACCAUGUUGUUGCAGGUUGGAAGUGGGAUGUUUAUUCUGCAUUUUGGCAAAUAAAAGGGGAUCUUUUUCAAAGGGGAGUGAUCAUUUGAGAGGAGGGACUGAUUUCAGGAUUUUAUGUGCUUUGAUCUCAUUCUUUUUUCCAUAUGAAUCCACAGACAGAAUGUCAUCCAUGCUGACUUGAAACCAGAGAACAUUCUUUUUGAAGAAGGUGAAGUGGGGUGUUUGCAACAAAUUGUCAAAAAAUUUGAUUUAACUUAAUGGACUUAAAAAGUCUUCCUUUUUAAAGAUAGUUGUAAUAUUUUGAUCUGGUUAAAUAUAAAUAACAGCUGUACAUAACAUUUUGUAAGAAAAACAGACCAACAUUUUGUACAGAUUCUGAAGAUACGCAAUACAGUGGUCAGUGAAAGACUACUUUGAUGAAUACUCAGAGUUCAUAUCAGCUACAGUUAUUUGCCUAACAAAAAACAUCAUGAAUAUACCAUCCCAUUUUUGUUUCUGUCAUCAUGAUGAUGACUGGAUGCCUUGUAUAGGGCCCCAUGUCUUAGUUGCAAACAUUUUGAUGCAUGGGAGCAGUAGGUUUGGAAUUUAUGGACUAAACCUUUUAUGGACGUAACCUUUUUUACAUUGCUGACAGCCAACCUCCAUUGAGAGAUCUGGUUGUUAAUACACUGUAAUAAAACAACUUUUUGUACACUUAACAAUUUUAGUCACAGACCUGAAGGUGAACAGUGGUGGAUAUUUACCUCACUGCUUCGCAGCUUGGUGAAUAUCCACCACUUUCACUGACACUGACAGAAGUGAAUAAAUUUGUUAGUAUAUACCACAUAGAUACCAAAAAAUUAGUUUAUUUCUUUCAAUAUACCCAAAACUGGUCAGAAAUCAAACUCUUAACAUGUGAUUUUGUCUCACAGGCUGCAUGGAGGUGAAUAGUACAUAGUAUUCACUGAAUGGAACCAGCCAAUCAGCACAUGCAAAAAGCACUAUUUACUUGUUUGGUGUGUACUAAAAUUGUAUAUUAUAUUAACACACUGUAGGUGAUGAAACCAAGAUAAAAGUUGUUGACUUUGGAAAUGCAAUUCACUGGGACCAUAGAGAGGUACAUGUAAUUUCUAUUAUUUGGUGAUUUUAGUGACUUAAUUUUAAAUGUGUGCAGCUAGAUGCAUCAGAAUUGUUGUACUGUAGACUUUAUGAACCCUUUACACCCUAACAUCAAUAUGCAUAUUCUCUACACUGCUCUCAUACAUUUGCUGAAGCACUGACAAGGAGAAUUUGUUUAAAAAUCAAGAGCUUUAUAAGUUGGUGAUCAUUUCCUUGAUUCCCGUGAUCCUAAUGUGUGAUUCAGGGGUGAUAUUGUAAGAAGAAAUUAGAAGCUGAUCAGUCUUAGGGGUUACAGGGUUAAAAGAUCCUAUUCAAAGUAUAAUGAAAGGCAAAUUCUGUACAGAGGACAAGGGCUCAUACCAGCUGUGAAAAACUGUUUACAGAGAAUUGUUUACUAUGUGUUUACCCCUUUAACAUGUAACUUCUCCCUAGAAUAUCCAUACUUUAUCCAACAAACAGUUAGUGAGAAUAAACAAACUUAUCAGGUAGAAGUUCUUAUCUUGAUCAAGUAUCAGAUUCUCAAAAGUAAUUUAUAAGAAAAUGUGGGGCAGCUAAAGGAGAGAAGCUACAGCCAUUUUGAUCACCGUGACAAGUGAAUAUAUAUUUGGCUGCUAAAAUGUUGACAUAAGUCACCAAUUAUUGGUGACAAACAGAUAAAAAAAAAAGAAAAAAGAAAAAAGAGGCAGCCAAAAAUUUUUAAAUGGUGACCAUUUUACAUUUGAAGGUUGCCAGAAGGCAACUCUUUGGAAAAAUGAGCUUGGAGCCCUGUCAGCCACCAUUAGCAAUGAAAUUUAAUAAUUAUACAAAAUAUGUAAUUUAAUUCUUACUUUCUUCUGUUUAAUUCUGUCAGGUUUCCUUGUAUUAUGAUGAGUUUGAACUACAAACUUUACUUUACAGAGCUCCUGAGGUAAAGUAAAGAUAUUGCUGUUUUCAUGAAUUUGGAGAUAAAUUUUACAUGUAGGUUACUGAUGCAUGCAACUUCAGUGUUUUCCGAAUCAAUCCAAGGAAAAUAAAAGUAGAUUAAACUAUUUUAUUUGGACUUGCAUGAAUUGAAGCACUCUCUGAAAGAUGAUCAGUGAAGUUCUGCCAUUUUGUGUUUUAUUAAACAACUGAAUGCAGCUGGCCUGUUGCAGAUGGAAAAUUCUGUUCUAUGGUGUAUCAUUUCAAGAAACAUAUCAGAAAAAAAUAUUUCAAUUCACACAAUCAUUUUUACCAUCAUCAUUUAAAUGGUCUCUGCAAAUAUUUUAUAAAUCCAGGUACACAACUUAAAUAAACAAUUGAUUUAACCCUUUAACUCCUAAGAGUGACUAACAUCCAAUUUCUCCACACAACAUCAGCCCUGAAUCAAACAUCAAGGUCAUGAGAAUAAAGGAAAUGAUCACCAACUAAAGACUCUCUCGAUUGUUAAACAAAUUCUCCUUGUCAGCAUCUUAGGAAAUGUAUAAAGAACAGUAUGGAGAAUAUGCAUACUGAUGUUAGGGUGUAAAGGGUUAAUGUAUACAAUAUAAUCUCAUGCCAAUGAGGCCCAAGUUGUUCAAAGGCCACAUAGAACUUUUAACCCUUUCACCCUUCAAGGUGAUAAAUAUCUAAAUUUUUUUUACAACAUUAGCCCUGAAUCAAACAUUAUGGUUAUGAGAAUAAAGGAAAUGAUCACCAACUAAAGAAGCUCUUGAUUGUUGAACAAAUUCUCCUUGUCAGAGCCUUAGGAAAUGUCUAGAGAGUAGUAUGGAGAAUAUGCAUACUGAUGUAAGGGAGGAAAGGGUUAAGAUACAUUAGCAAAAUAGCAAAAGACGACUUAUCCUUUGUAUGAGGGAGGAACCAUUGGAAAGAGAGCGAUGCUAAGAGGUGGUUCAAUGAGAUGCCUAGAAAAAAAGUAUCCUUUCAUUUACCUUUCCAACUAUUUCUGCCCCCAAAAAAUGAAUGGUCAAAAAAAUCCAUAAAUAAAAUAUAUUUUCAUGGGCAAAAAAAUCCCACAUAGGAAAUACUGUAAGAAUCAACACAUGUAGGCUCUUUAUUCAUUUAAACCUUUUUUUUAUUGCUUUUAGAGGACAAUCACCUGAAAUGUGUGGCUAAUGUGAUGCUAAAACUCAAUAAUUCAAGAAAUUUUUCUUUUGCACGUUUCUUAGUUGGCUUGCUGAAAUAUAAACCAGGUUAGUAUACAGAUAGCUUGUGUAACCUUUUACUUGAAACACUUUGUUUGUUAAAAUCGUUAUCCUGCAAAACAAUGCCAAACGCACUGAUACGUGAGAAAAAGGAAACAACUUUUGUUCUUUGCUUUGUAUCACUAUCUCAGGUGAAAGACUUACACCUUAUCAAGCUGCUGUGAAUCCAUUUUUGGCGCCCGAGUGUUCCUAUGAAAAUUUAUUGCCUCAACAAGGAGAUAAGAAAACAGGCUUGUUCUUGCCUUCCAUUGAACUACAUAAAUGCAAAUUAGCCCUAUGCCGUCGCCAUGAAAUGAACUUCUGAGCAAGAAAUUUACUUUUUACAUAGGAAUCACCUUUUUUACAGUUUCUAGUACUUCGUCGUUUAUAUAGUGACGACUCUGAUUUUUCCGAAAAAUCAGAAAACCUGGUUAAAAUUUCCAGAAAUAUUAACUCGGUGGAAGUUGGUUAUGAUGAAACAACGGGGAUAAAUUUUUGAUCGGCCGCUCCGAAAUGGGCUAUGAAGUGGGUGAACUUCCGAUGCGCACUACGCAAAUUUCCCAGGCAGUUCUUCCGACCGUGAUGUUGAUGUUACGUAGAUGUCUAAGAUUUUGCCUCCACUACACAACCGAACACACAAAACAACACUUGGAGGCAUGGGCGCGUCGGUCAGCCAGGCCCUUGAUACGUUUUAUUAACUCACGUGUAAAAACUCCACCGCCAUCUCGGAUAGGACGUAAAACCGUAGGUCCUGUCUCCUGCAGGGUUAGGGGCAGGAGACGUUAAUUUUCCACGCACGAGAUUACUGUGUGGUGGAUGUCCUCCCUUGGGGUGGGAUGGGUGAGAUCGUUACAUGGACUGAAGCGGCUGCCAGAGGCGCCUGAUAAAAUGCUGACGUCCUAUCUCAACCUUACAACAACUCGCAAUUCAGCACUAAUUGCUGCAAGUAGUUGUUUCGAAAUAAACUUAAACUACCUUAUUUACAGUAAUUCUAAGAACACGCCACGGCCGGACACGUAAACCCGAAAAAAACAACUAUUGGAAAAAUAGGGACCGUGUAACCCCAACCCAUGCCAUGGCGUCGCCUUUGGGGUUAUAAGGCGAAACUAAUGAAAACUAAGGCUAACAGAGUUAGUGAAAACUAAACUAAACAGAGCAAGAUUACGUGGUGAGGCCGACCGUAGAAUGACACGCAUAACUAACCGGUCACUAUUUCAAACCCCCUUACCGCGCUCUCACGCGUGCUACACCAGAACCCAGUUCAUCGUUCCGUGCCGGUAAAAUAAUCAUUUAUGUUAAUUCUUAUUUACACAAAUUACAUUAUUCUUCAUCGCUGUCGAUUGAAUCGUCCCUGAUUUUGGGUCUUUCCGAUAAAUCAGCGAUAGCUUGAGGAAAGCACUAAUCCUGCCAUGCGUGGCUUUUGUGGAGAGCCCUUUCGUAUAAUCAUCGAGUCCUUUCAAGCACUCAGCCGUAUUCUGUCACUAUUUAUGUUUAUGACUCUCGCUUCUGAGCGGCUGUUUACCGAUAGAGAAUUAUGUGGAAAGCUGAUUGUUGCGCUUAAAUAAGGUAUCUUGUUGUGGCUAUUGUUUACCAGACGCCAUGUUCAUAAGCUUAUGCACUUGUUUGUGCUACGUAAAACAACAUUCCCCACACACACCGCGAUGACUGAAACAUUUUGCGACAAGAACAAUACACAGCACUGGUAAGAGACCACUAAACUGAAUUUAACUACGCAGAAAGGUAGUUUAACAUUAACCAAACUCGGCUAUAAAAUUUAUUGUUCUUCAGUGAAUUUCUAUGGUUACUGUUAACCCAGUUUCAGUUCGAUAAAACGCCAAAAAAGCGGCCUCAUCACGAUUUUUCGGUAAAACCGGUUAACUUCAAUUGACAGAUUAGAAAUAACCCGGUUAACUCGCUAUUAAGUGUUAUCUCUUUUUUAUUUUUUUGUUCAAAAUACACAGAACUUUGAGUUUUUUCGUUUUUGUGUUAUGAACUUGUUUAUUGCCACAACACAGCGGGCAGCGCAGUGAAUGAAGCAAGACUUGUUUCAUCCGGCAUCUCCCUGGAAGGUGUAGGGUAGUUAAUUGUAAGUUUGAUUAAGGUAUUAGGAAAACCUUUAUAAAUCAAAAUAAAUUCAAAUACCUCUGUUGUGUUAUUUGUAGAUGCUGGAAGCUGCGCAGACAUUUUGUUUUUUGUUUGAGUAUAACUUCAAACCAUACGUUGACGAGGAAGUUAAAAGGCAGCAUUUUUCUGGAACUGAACUCUUAAAGAAGGGAACUACUGUAACUGCUUCUUCACCAAACCACUUUCAGAGCAAACCGGAGAAUGCAACAUCUCUGAGGACUGGAAAUCUACAUUUUUCUCAAACAGAAAAGGUGACAAUUAAUGAGGAAUCUCAUCGGGAAGACCAGUUGCCUCUAGAAAAUUUCAGUUAUGCCAUGGAAGGUCCUCUUGCCACAGGAUACCCUAAAUCAACUCACCAACAGAACGAGACGUGUGCCGUUUUUAAAAGUAAUGCAUGCACUGAUGAUAUAGAAGAAGAACGUAAACAGGUCACGGACAGGCUCACCUCUACUUUCCUGACGGCGACAAAUCUUUCUUUGGGAAAAAUUUCUGAAAAAAAAGUAAAGUGUCAUGAGAAGGAUUAUUUGUCAGCAGGAACCAAUAUUACUUGUCCUGAUAAUGCGUUCGAAAGACCUUCAGCGAGACUCGUAAAUAACAAAAGCUCCUGUUCUAAGCGCAAAAUCGAUGUCUUUAAAGGCACUUAUUUAAAAGACGGAAGCCGCCAAAAGUCUCUUGAACUUUCUUCAUCUGGGGUCAAGAACUUUAGAAGCACAAACUUACCCGAGCAUCACAACAGAUUUAAUAUUCCUGGAAAUCUAGGAUUUUAUGUGGGCAAUUCUUCCUCUGGUGGAGCGACAAAUGCUUCCGCAAGAACUCGUGUCUAUCAUAGGAAAACAAAAUCUACCAAAGCAGAG